AUGGGCGACCUCGCCGCCUCGCCACCUCUCGGCGCCAUCCACAUCAGCGAGGAUUUCGCGCCCCUACCCGAGCUGAAGCCCGCCGGCAACACAGACAUCACCUUUGACGGGCAGCUCGCGCGGCCGCUGCGGCUGCGCGAGGACCUGCGCACCGGCUGCGGCGGGCAGACGUGGCCCGCGGGCAUGGUGCUGGGCAAGCACAUGCUGCGCUACCACCGCCAUGAGCUGCAACAUGCGCGAAUACUAGAACUCGGAGCCGGCGGUGGGCUCGUCGGUCUGGCUGUGGCCCUAGGCUGUGGCGUCGAGAGCCGACUUAUGCUGACCGACCAGGCCGAGAUGCUGGAGCUCAUGAAACACAACAUUGCCCUCAACGAAGUUGGCAACAAGGCGACCGCGUCGAUAUUGAACUGGGGAGAACCGCUGCCGCAAGAAGUCGUCGACUACAAGCCCGACGUGAUUCUGGCCGGCGAGUGCGUCUACUUUGAGCCGGCCUUUCCGCUGCUCAUGCAGACGCUGCGCGACCUCGUCGCGCUCAACCCCGACGUCGUCAUUUACUUUUGCUUCAAGAAGCGCCGCCGCGCCGACAUGCAGUUUGUCAAGAUGGCGCGCAAGGCGUUUACCGUCGAAGAGAUUUUCGACGACGACCGCCCCGUCUUCUCGCGGCAGUCGCUGUUUCUCUUCACUUUUACGGCCAAGCGCGGAAAAGCGGCUGGCGGUACGAGACUGACGGAGAAGCUGGCAGACGAGGCCGCGGCAGCAGCAGCACCAACGACGGCCUGA